AUGACCCGCCCCCUCGAGGAGGACUGCACCCUUCAGUUCCUCAAGUUUGAUGACGAAGAGGGCCGUGAUACUUUCUGGCACUCUUCAGCGCACAUCCUGGGCCUGGCCAUGGAACACUACUUUGGCGGCAACCUCUGCUAUGGUCCCCCCAUCAAGGAUGGCUUCUUCUACGACAUGGAGAUGGGCGAUCGCCACGUUUCGGAAGAAGAUUUCAAGACGCUCGAGUCGCUGGCCACCAAGGCUACCAAGGCAAAGUAUCCUUUCCAGCGCCUGAUCGUGUCCAAGGAGAACCUCCUCCGCAUGUUCCAGGAGAACCCCUUUAAGCAGCGUCUCAUCAAGGAGCGCAUCCAGGAAGCUGCCACGACGGUCUACCGUUGCGGUCCUCUGAUCGAUCUGUGCCACGGUCCCCACAUCCGCAACACUGGCCAGAUCAAGGCCUUUUGGGUUCACAAGUGCUCGUCCACCUACUGGGAGGGCAAGGCCGACGCGGAGACGCUGCAGCGUGUUUACGCUGUUUCUUUCCCCGACAAGAAGAUGCUCAAGGAUCACAAGGAGCUUUUGGCGGAGGCUGCCAAGCGCGAUCACCGCAAGAUUGGCCGCGAGCAAGAGCUUUUCUUUUUCCAUGAUCUCAGCCCGGGCUCGUGCUUUUUCCUGCCUCGCGGCGCGCGCAUCUACCGCACGCUCAUGGAAAUGAUCCGCGAACAGUACAUCAAGCGUGGGUUCAGCGAGGUCGUCACGCCCAACAUUUUCAACAAAAACUUGUGGGAGACGUCAGGCCACUGGCAACACUACCAGGAGAACAUUUUCUCCUUUGAGGUGGAAAAGGAAAUCUUUGCCAUGAAGCCCAUGAACUGCCCCUCGCACUGCAUCAUGUUUGGCCACCGCAAGCGCUCCUACCGUGAGCUCCCUCUGCGCUUUGCCGAUUUUGGCGUGCUUCACCGCAACGAGCUGUCGGGUGCCUUGACCGGUUUGACGCGCGUUCGGCGCUUCCAGCAGGACGAUGCUCAUAUCUUCUGCGAGCCCGAGCAGAUUGAGGAGGAGAUCAAGGGCUGCCUCGACUUUCUGAAUGAGGUGUAUGGUAUUUUCGGCUUUGAAUUUGAGCUGCACUUGUCCACGCGCCCCGAGAAGUACCUGGGUGAGAUUGAGGUGUGGAACCGGGCCGAGAGCGCCCUCGAGUCAGCUCUGAACAGCUGCGGUCACCCUUGGUCCAUCAACCCCGGAGAUGGUGCCUUUUAUGGACCCAAGAUUGACAUCAAGGUCACGGACGCCCUCCGCCGCCAGCACCAGGUUCGUCCCUUGUGUUGCUCGGGCGAACGAGACCUUUGGGCUUCCCCCCUCCGCAUGUUUGCCAUUCUCUGCGAGCACACUGGUGGAAAGUGGCCCUUUUGGUUGUCGCCACGUCAGGCGAUUGUGAUCCCCGUCGCGCCCCAGUACAACGAGUAUGCGAAAGAGGUCCAGGCUUUCUUCCAUCUCAAGGACUAUGCCAUUGAUAUUGAUGACUCGACUGCAACGCAGCUGCAGAAGAAAGUCCGCAACGCCUGCGUGGCGCAUUACAACUUCAUCUUUGUGGUCGGUGACUCGGAGGCCAAUCACAAGACGGUCAACGUGCGCACGCGUGACGGCCAGCUCCGCGGUACGUUAGGGCUCUGUUGA